AUGGAGAUUAUCUCGCGGUCAUUGUCAUCCUACAACUCAUUUCCAUAUGCUCCAUGCACCUCCCGUCGGUCUCCUCUCGGUUCCGUGUUUCGUUCAGAUGCUGGUAGUUCAAAUGUUUCAGCUCCUUCCUUGUCUGCGGUGUUUGUGAACGGCGACGCAUUGCAUCUGAGGAAAAGUUGCUUCAUUCGCGAAAAUGCGCGAAAUCGCGCUAAGAGCGGGCGUGGUUUCAGGGCACGGGCAUAUAACGACUCGGGCAGGACCUGGAGGCGUCCUGUGCCUCCGCGUGACACGCCGGUGACAUUCGGCAGCUGGUACAAGGAGGCCGUGGCCGACCGGCGCCCCGCCCCGCUGUUGGGAUCGUUGAAACCGGGAUCUUUGCGCUGGAUGACGAAGCAUCUUGCGGACUCGGACGAUCUGGCGGAGUGGGCGGAGCUGGCGGAGGCGGUGCUGGCGGACCCCGUGUACCGCGACCGCCUCGAGUGGUUCGAGUAUGAACGCCGCUUGCACCGCGACGGCGCCGCUGCUGCUGUGCAGUACGCACGGGACGCGGGGUGGGUGGACAUGACGGACACGUUCGCCUGGAGCGGAGUGGACAUGGAGAUGCUAGGCACUUCCUUCACCAAGCCAAUUCCGCGCACCCACACCUCCGCCACUGCUGCGCCUGCGGGGGCCGCUGUGUUCCCCUAUUCCUCCGGCCCUGCAGGGUCGGGAGUCCCUUCUGCCCGAAAGCGCACAGCACGCCCCCGCCAGGGCCGCGCGGGGUUGGGCUGGCCUUCUGGCGUGAAUCUUGCGGCUGUACGCGCGCAGCAGGAGCAGCUGGCACGGCGGCAAGAAAGAAGGAAACGGCAAUCCGAGAGGCGGCAGCAGAAGCAGACCGAAGGGGGGAAUGCAGGGGAUAGUGAAGAGGGGUGGGUUAAGUCAACGGAUGAGGGGUACAUGAACUCUGAGAAGGUGAGCAGCGACUGGCUGCUGGAUAUGGUGCAGAAGCAGCAGGAGUCUAUUGAAGAGAAGCGGACCAAGGCAGGGCGUCAGGGUGAAAUCGGCGGUGAAGGUUCUCCGCCAGGAAAAGGGUCUUUGAGUGCUUUGGGAGAGCAAGACAUGGAAAAGAACGCGAAGGAUCAAUCACUCCCAGUGGCACGAGGGCAACGAUCAAGAAGCAAACGGCGGCGUCGUUUCCUGCUGCUGCUGGCGCUGCUGACACUGGUGGCGCUGUUCGCAUGGUUUGGCGACGACAUCAUGUCGAGACUAGAGGCAGUGCUGUCGUCUGAUGGCACGCACCGCCGCCUGCUGCUGCCGCGCCGCACCAGCUCCGUCAUACCACCGCCACUCGCCACGCGCUCGCUGCUGGAGGCGGGGGCGGGGAGCCAUGGGGCGCAAGCACCAGCGCAGGGGGGGGAUGUGGGCGGGGCAGCAGAGGGGAGCCAUUCACACUCACAUGGGCGCGAGGCAGCGUCGCUGUGGCCUGUGCCCUCCCCCCAGGGCUGGGUGGCGCAUGCAGGCGUGCGAGACACAGCAGUGUGGCCUGCGCCAUCAGUGGAGAGCAACGGGUUCGUGGUGGUGAGAUGCAACGGAGGACUCAACCAGCAGCGCAGUGCGAUAUGCAAUGCAGUGGUUGUGGCACGCAUCAUGAACGCCACGCUGGUGCUGCCACGCCUGGACACCAAUGAGUUCUGGAACGACACCAGUGGGUUCGCCACGGUGUACGACGUGGACCACUUCAUCGCCUCGCUCGCACCAGAUGUGCGCAUUGUCAAGGAGCUGCCGCCACACAUAGUUGGGGACAAGCGUGCCAAGCUCAUCCGGCUGCGCCCACCGCGCGAGGCCCCAGUGCAGUGGUACGAGAGUGAGGCGCUGCGGGUGCUGCGGCGGCGGGGCGGGGUGUACCUGACACCGUUUGCGCACCGCCUGGCGGAGGAGCUGGGCAACGGCAGUGUGGCGCGGGAGCUGCAGCGCCUGCGCUGCCGUGCCAACUUCCACGCGCUGCGAUUCCACCCUGUCGUGCACGCGCUGGCCGACAGUGUGAUGGCGCGCAUGAGAGCGCGCAGCGCAGCGCUGGCCAUGCACGGCCGCUUCAUUGCCGUGCACCUGCGCUUCGAGAAGGACAUGCUGGCGUUUGCAGGGUGCUUCAACAUUUUCUCCGAGGAGCAGCAAGCGGAGUUGAAGGCGUACCGAGAAGCUAACUUCGCAGAGAAGGACCUGGAGCAGUCGAGGAGGAGACGGAUUGGCAAGUGCCCGCUCACACCGCACGAGGUGGGUCUGACGCUGCAAGCCAUGGGCUUCCCCAACAGCACGUUGCUCUACCUGGCAGGAGGGGCAGUGUACGGGGGAGAUGCAUUCAUGCGCCCGCUGCAGGCGCUCUUCCCCAACAUAGUGCGCCGUGCAGACGUGGCGACAGCAGCGGAGAUGGAGGCGGUGGAGGGGCAUGGCAGGGCGCUGCUGGGACAGGCUGUCGACUACAUUGUGUGCACCAAGGCUGAUGUGUUCCUACCCAGCUAUGACGGACCCAGCAACUUUGCCAAUAAUGUGCUUGGCCACCGCCUCUACCUUGGCUUUCUCCCAUCCCUGAGGCCUGAUCGCCGCUCACUGUCCCGUGUGCUGGACGAAAGGGAGGCAGGCGGCAUAACAGAGGAAGUGUUUGGGCCCGCUGUGAAGAACGUGCUUCGGAAGAUACCAUCCGCAUCACCCUUCCCUCGCCGUUAUGGCCACAUGGCCUUUUUUGCUGACCCAUGGCCCGAGUGCUUCUGCCAGAACCCAAGUACAAAACCUAAUGCCGAAGGCCUUGGGUUGAAUGGUACGAUAAGGCCACAGGACACAUGUCCUCUGCACAUUGCUGAAGGGGUAGCCUACACGUAA